AAAGGACCAUUUCGCAGAAUGAGACCGAUUCAAAGGCGGAAUGUGAAAGGACAAUUUGGCAAGAGGAGACCUAUAAACCAUCCAGUUCAAAGGAGGAGUGCGAAAGGAACAUUUGGCAAGAUGCGACUACAUCAUCGAAUCCACAGGUGGAAUACGAGAAGACACUUUGGGAAGAUGAGACAAAACCAUCCAAUUCAAAGGCGGAAUGUGAAAGGCCCAUUUGGCAAGAUGAGACUAAAUCAUCCAAUUCAAAGGCGGAAUGUGAAAGGUCCAUUUGGCAUGGUAAGAGUAGAAUAUUCACAACACCGGUAAAAUGUUCAAAGAACCAUUCGCAUGAAGACAGUUCGUCAUUCAAAACAAAAAAGGAAAAUGCAGAGAACUUAUUAGGUACGGAAAAUUAUCCAUCCAGCAGUUCAGUAGAAUGUGCAAAAGACCAUA